CCCGGGCCGCCGCCCGCCCGCAAUGGCGUUGGGGAGCGCAGCGCGCCUCCCGGGGCCGCCUGCCGCGGGCUGGGCGCGCGUGGGGGCCGCGGCGCGAGUGGAAGCGGCCGCCGCAGCCGCCCUCCGCGCUGCGCCGUGAGCGGCGGGUGGAGGGGCGCCGAGCCGGCCGGCGCGGAUAGAGCCGCGGCCACCGUGGGGCGGGGGGCGCCUCUAAGGAGGGGGGUGGGAGCCGCGGCCGCCCGACCCUCCCCGCCGGCGGCGGCUCCCGCUCGGGGAGCUCGGCUUUCCCCGUGCCACAGUGGGAUCCGCCUGGCAGCCGCCGGGAGCCGCAGCCAAUGUGUUAGGACUUCAGGUGCUUUUUGGCACAAAGCUAGACUGCGACCUCCUACCAUAGCGCUUGGCGUCACCUGCUCUCCCGGCCCUGCCCCGGGGCCGAGGGAUUGCGUCCCGAACCAGGCUUGGGAACCGGCUGCCUCUCAAAUGAACCUCUAGUCUUGCUUUGAAAAAGCCAUUUUGUGUAACCCCUGACUGAAUAAUUUCCUAAUACACCUGUUGGGAGGAUCACUGAUACAGUAUGGCAUUUGAGAGGUACUUUUUCUUGACGAAAUACUGGUGAUUAGAGAAGAGAGGUGUUUUGUUUUUGUUUUUUGUUUUUUUUCCUGAUCAUUAUGAACAUUGGCUUUUCACCCCUGAAGUAAAAAUGUUGAAAACCGAGUCUUCAGGUGAACGAACCACUCUCAGAAGUGCAUCUCCUCACAGGAAUGCUUAUAGAACUGAGUUCCAGGCACUAAAAAGUACCUUUGACAAACCCAAGUCAGAUGGAGAGCAAAAAACAAAAGAAGGUGAGGGCUCCCAGCAGAGCAGGGGGAGGAAAUAUGGCUCCAACGUCAACAGAAUUAAAAAUCUAUUUAUGCAGAUGGGUAUGGAACCCAAUGAAAAUGCUGCAGUCAUUGCCAAAACAAGGGGGAAAGGUGGACCUUCAUCUCCACAGAGAAGAAUGAGGCCCAAAGAAUUUCUGGAAAAAACAGAUGGCUCGGUUGUUAAGUUGGAGUCCUCUGUUUCAGAACGAAUCAGUAGAUUUGACACAAUGUACGAUGGCCCUUCAUAUUCUAAGUUCACAGAAACUCGGAAGAUGUUUGAGAGAAGUGUGCAUGAGUCAGGACAGAAUAAUCGCUAUUCCCCAAAGAAAGAGAAAGCUGGAGGGAGUGAGCCUCAGGAUGAGUGGGGUGGCUCGAAGUCCAACAGAGGCAGUACUGAUUCCUUGGACAGCCUUAGCUCCCGGACAGAGGCUGUCUCCCCAACUGUGAGUCAACUGAGUGCAGUGUUUGAGAAUACCGAUUCCCCCACUGCCAUUGUUCCUGAGAAGGCUGAGAACAACGAAUACUCAGUGACUGGGCAUUAUCCCCUGAAUCUACCAUCUGUUACUGUUACAAAUCUUGACACUUUUGGUCACCUUAAGGAUUCUAAUUCUUGGUCUCCUCCAAGCAAACACGGUGAUGAUGCAGAGGAUUCUCAGAAGGGUCAUACAACUCCGGGACCAGAAGUGGCUUUGAAAAGUACCUCUCUAGCCUCCAUACCCAGUGAAGAGACACAGCAGAGCGAGGAAGCCGAGGACUCCACAUCCAACCAAGAGACUCCUGUCAGGAUUGACAGAGACGUUCCUGAAGAACCUUGUGCUGACACUAAGGCAAUGCCAGAGUCUGAAAUCCCUUCACCACAAAAUGAACCUUUAGAAGACGCCGAAGCUAAUUUAGUUGGGAGUGAGGCAGCAAUGUAUCACAAGAAAGACCUGGCAGGUGGUGAUUUUACCUCUGUUGAUGCUUCUGGAUCCAGAUGUGGAAAGGAAGUACCUGAAGAUUCGGUUCAUUUUGAGAGUUCCCAUGUUUACAUGCACAGUGACUAUAAUGUAUACAGGGUCAGAUCCAGGUAUAAUUCAGACUGGGGAGAGACGGGCACUGAGCAGGAUGAGCAGGAAGAGAGUGAUGAAAACAGUUACUAUCACCCUGAUAUGGAAUACUCGGAAAUUGUUGGAUUGCCAGAAGAAGACGACAUCCCAGCAAAUAGGAAAAUUAAGUUUAGUAGUGCUCCAAUUAAGGUUUUCAGCACAUACUCCAAUGAAGACUAUGACAGGAGGAACGAUGAAGUGGACCCUGUGGCUGCUUCUGCUGAGUAUGAGCUUGAAAAACGUGUAGAAAAGCUGGAACUUUUCCCAGUGGAACUAGAGAAAGAUGAGGAUGGACUUGGUAUAAGCAUUAUUGGAAUGGGUGUUGGAGCAGAUGCUGGACUUGAAAAGCUGGGAAUAUUUGUCAAGACAGUAACAGAAGGUGGUGCUGCUCAGAGGGAUGGCAGAAUACAAGUCAAUGACCAGAUUGUGGAAGUGGAUGGAAUCAGCUUGGUGGGUGUCACACAGAAUUUUGCUGCAACUGUUCUCAGAAACACCAAGGGCAAUGUCAGAUUCGUUAUUGGGCGAGAAAAGCCAGGACAAGUGAGUGAGGUUGCCCAGUUGAUAAGCCAGACGCUGGAACAAGAAAGGCGCCAGAGAGAGCUGUUGGAGCAGCACUACGCCCAGUAUGACGCCGACGACGAUGAGGUAACGAUGGAGGAUUUCAAUAAGCCCCUCACACAGUCAACACUAUCCCACGAAAUUCUGGGGAGCACUGUGGCUGAAUUGCAAGGAGUGUCUGGCAACAGCAAUAACAAUAACAACUAUUUCCUUAAGACAGGAGAAUAUGCCACAGAUGAAGAGGAGGAUGAAGUAGGACCUGUUCUUCCUGGCGGUGACAUGGCCAUUGAAGUCUUUGAGCUGCCUGAAAAUGAGGACAUGUUUUCCCCAUCAGACCUGGACACAAGCAAGCUCAGUCACAAGUUCAAAGAGUUGCAAAUCAAACACGCAGUUACAGAAGCAGAGAUUCAAAAGUUGAAGACCAAGCUGCAAGCAGCAGAAAAUGAGAAAGUGAGGUGGGAACUAGAAAAAACCCAACUCCAGCAGAAUAUAGAAGAGAAUAAAGAGAGAAUGCUGAAAUUGGAGAGCUACUGGAUUGAGGCUCAGACCUUAUGCCACACAGUGAACGAGCACCUCAAGGAGACUCAAAGCCAGUAUCAGGCCUUGGAGAAGAAAUACAACAAGGCAAAGAAAUUGAUCAAGGAUUUUCAACAAAAAGAACUUGAUUUCAUCAAGAGACAGGAAGCAGAAAGAAAGAAAAUAGAAGAUUUGGAAAAAGCUCAUCUUGUGGAAGUUCAAGGUCUGCAAGUACGGAUUAGAGAUUUGGAAGCUGAGGUGUUCCGACUACUGAAGCAAAAUGGGACUCAAGUUAACAACAACAACAACAUCUUCGAGAGAAGAACAUCUCUUGGUGACGUCUCUAAAGGAGAUACCAUGGAGAAUUUGGAUAUCAAGCAGACAUCUUGUCAAGAUGGCUUAAGUCAAGACUUGAAUGAAGCAGUCCCAGAGACAGAGCGCCUGGAUUCAAAAGCACUGAAAACCCGAGCCCAGCUCUCUGUGAAGAACAGACGCCAGAGGCCCUCUAGGACAAGACUCUAUGAUAGUGUCAGUUCAACAGAUGGGGAAGACAGUCUGGAGCGGAAGCCGUCAAACAGUUUCUAUAACCACAUGCACAUUUCUAAAUCACUUCUGCCCAAGGGUUUGAGAACUUCUCCAGAAUCAGAUUCUGGUGCUCCAUCCCUCACUCCAGUGGCUGGCAGUGUGCCCUUCUCAUCUGACCACAUAGCUGAAUUUCCAGAGGGACCACUGAGCCCGGAAAAGGAGCCUUCCUCCCUUAUUUGGGGAGACACUUCACUCUCCUCUCCUUCAAAAUCUGACCAUGAUAUGGAAGAAUCUCCAUGCCACCAUCAAGCCACCACCAAGAAAACACCACAAGAAAAAGAUGGUGCCAAAGGUCCCAAAUCACUAAGGGCAUCCAGUUCAUUGGUGGUGCAAGGAGGAAAAAUUAAGCGCAAGUUUGUGGAUCUGGGGGCACCUUUGCGAAGGAGUUCCAACAAAGGAAAGAAAUGGAAAGAGAAGGAGAAAGAAGCCACUAGGUUCUCUCCAGGUAGCAGGAUCUUCAGAAGCAGGCUGGAACACUGGAAACCCAAGCCGUCCCCCGCGCCUCAGGCCUCCACCCGCUCGCCGUGCAUCCCUUUCUCGUGGUUUAAUGAGAGCCGAAAAGGAUCCUAUUCCUUCAGGGACCUGCCUUCACCUACAAGUCCCCUUCAGCCUUCUCCUGAAACUCUAAUUUCAGAUAAAAAGGGGUCCAAGAAUUUUACCUUCAAUGAUGACUUCAGUCCCAGCAGUACCAGUUCAGCAGACCUCAGUGGCCUGGGAGCGGAACCCAAAACACCUGGGCUCUCUCAGUCCUUAGCGCUGUCAUCAGAUGAGAGCCUGGAUAUGAUAGAUGACGAGAUCCUUGAUGAUGGACAGUCUCCCAAACACAGUCAGUGUCAGAGUCGGGCGGUCCAUGAAUGGAGUGUGCAGCAGGUUUCCCACUGGCUAAUGAGCCUAAACCUGGAGCAGUAUGUAUCUGAAUUCAGUGCCCAAAACGUCACUGGAGAGCAACUCCUGCAGUUGGAUGGAAAUAAACUUAAGGCUCUGGGAAUGACGUCAUCCCAGGACCGAGCCGUGAUCAAAAAAAAACUCAAGGAAAUGAAGGUAUCUCUCGAGAAGGCUCGGAAGGCUCAAGAGAAGAUGGAAAAACAAAGAGAAAAGCUGAGGAGGAAGGAGCAAGAGCAGAUGCAGAGGAAGUCUAAAAAGACAGAAAAGAUGACCGCUGUGUCAGAGGGUGCUGGCGAGCAGUAACGCACAUCCCCUCCCAGACAGCUCUCCCCUCUUCCUGCCCUGCUCUCCUCCCGGGGACGAAGGAACUGAUGGCAGGGGUAAUGUGCUCUAAGCCGAGUGGGGAACCGCGUGUGGCAUACCUGCAUUUUCUGCAAUAAUAGAAUACACUUUUAAUUUUCGCCUCCUGAAAUAAUCCCAAGCCACCUUUGUUUAUUACCAAACCAAGGGUCUCGUUUGUGAAAGAUGCAAAAUAGCUGUGUUUCUCUCUUCUCUUACUUACCAUCCUCUUGUGUUGCAUUGGGUGGGUGGUGUCCCUGGGGGAAUCGGUGUCACCCUGCCGAGGAAAAGCGUGGUGUGUCUCGGAGCACCAUGACUUUUCAGCCUGGGAAUCCUGAACUGAGCGGUGGCUUGUAUCCACAUGGCCAAGGGCCCCACUCUACUGUGAGAUCAGGGCUCCGGAAUCUGCUCCAGUGUGUGGACAGUGUUUGUGUCUGGACAGUGAGACAACCCCCUGUAGAAACACGGGUGCCAGGCCGCAUGAUUAUAUCCGGUGGCAAAAAGCAAGCAAGCUCUUCUGUUUGCUGGCAUCCAAAAGAGAGAAAAGAAUUCAUGAUUUGUUAACCCCAGAAGGAAGCAGAAGCCUUCAGAAUGUGGAUGUGGGUAUUACCUCGGGGUUCUGAGGGUAACAUUUGUCCUCCAGAUUGAGCCGAACAAAGGAAAAAAUCAGAGGUUAACACAGCCCCAGGAUGUUGGGAUACAUUGUUUACUUUGCUCCCGCUGUGUGUUCAGUAGUUCAGUGACACAGACGCACAUAAUGUAGUUCCUUUAUUCCCCAACAAAUUGAACAGGAAAUUGAUUUUUAAGGAAACCAACAUUUUCAGGUUUCCUCUCCUGGGGAACAUUCUGGCUAGUCUUCAGCCUGACUGUGACACAAUCAGGAACUUGUCACAUAUUUUCUACUUAAGAUUUCCCAAGUGGACUCAGUUAGUGUUUUAACAAAUGUACUUUUAAGAAAAAUAGAAAUACCAGUUAGAGAAAAUUUAGAUGUGAGUAACACUCAACCAGAGAAGCAAUUUUAUUGAGCACACAGAAUGUUCCCGUAAAGGAGAGCUGACAGAUUUUAUAGAUGUUUUGAAUGGUUUUUCUGAGCCGUUCUCUUUCAUUCUUUAGAGAUUCCCAUGUUACAGGUAAAGUUUGUUUAAGAGAGUUCACAGGAGACAGUCUACCAGCGGAGACAGUUAUGCUGAUUUUAAAGCCAGUAUAUGAAGGAUUUCGGCAUUUCAUCCAACUAAUUCAAGCAGAAGAGACUAGGGCAGAAGGAGGAGAAAAUAAACUCAUCUUGAGACACUUCCAAUGAUCGGUUAUUGUUUGUUGUUGUUGUUUUGCUUUUUAUGCUCGUGUUUCCGGUUCUGCGUUGGCUGUAAAAAUGAGGUCAUCCAUUUUUCCAAGGGAAGGGACGAGUUGCAGAUUGAGAGUUGAGGCCAGACAGAUCUUCAGCUAGUAUUUUACUUCCUUUUACUACAUGGUAGGGGGGUCUUUGUCUGUGCCAUACACUGGACAGGUCGUAUACACAGAGCUUGGGGAAGGCCUUUGAAGGUUCCAGGUAACAGAUAAUGUAUGUAAAGGGGGCCCUGCCCAUCUAGCACCAACUUGUAUUUUGGACAUUGUGACUUUUUUAAAAAUUAAUAUAUAUAUAUAUAUAUAUAUAUGUUUUUUUUUUUUGUUUUGUUUUGUUUUUUGCUUGCCUGAAUAUCUGAAAUCUGGAAUUGGCUACACUAGAAACUUAUAAUCCUGUCUCUCCUUAAGGCCUGUUUCCUUUUUGGUAACAGAGUAUUGUUUGUUCUACUUUGAUCCUAUUGUCCCUAGUAUAGAUCAUUCAUUCAAUGCUCAGAAACAUUGACAUAAAGUAACAUUGUGUUUUACAAUGA